AUGGCGUUACACCUACACCUCAGUCAGGCACAGCGGUUACAGCUCGUCAUAUAUAUUUCCCUGUGUUUCUUCAUCGCGGAGAUUUCUGUUGGAUUCUACACGAGAUCUCUUGCCCUCGUUGCGGAUGCAUUUCACUAUGUGAGAAAGGCUGCUAUCGCCCCACCAUCUUCGAUUUGUAUUAUUAAUUAUUCCCAGUUAAAUGAUCUAGUCGGAUUUAUGGUGGCCUUCGCCUCCGUAAAGAUAUCCGCGAAAAAGGACUCGCCAUCAGACCUAUCCUUCGGCUGGCAGCGAUCUCGACUCCUCGGCGCAUUUUUCAACGGCGUUUUCCUUCUUGCGUUGGGUGUUAGUAUCUUUUUGCAAUCCCUAGAACGAUUCAUCUCCUUGCAAAUCGUUAAGCAGCCAAAACUUGUCCUCAUCAUUGGCUGCGUUGGACUUACUCUCAAUAUUAUAAGUGCCUCAUUUCUCCAUGACCACGAUCAUGCCAAAGAAAAAGGUCCCGCAAUUAGCGGGCCUAUUGGUAACUCUGAUAGCGAGACAACAGAACUUAUUUCUUUGCACACAAACCACCGACACAAUAACAUCCAACCGUCCAAAAGGGGGUAUGAUCUCGGCAUGCUAGGUGUUCUGAUUCACGUUCUGGGCGACGCCGCCAACAAUGUUGCUGUCAUAAUCUCGGCACUAAUCAUAUGGCUCACGAAAUACCCUCACCGCUACUACGCAGACCCUGCAGUUAGCAUGACCAUCGCCAUUGUCAUCCUCGCAACAUCCCUCCCAUUAGUGAAAAAAUCAGGCAAGAUCCUACUGGAAAGCGUCCCAAGCGGAAUAAACCUCGACGAGGUCCGACAUGACCUCGAAACAAUUCCUGGCGUUUUAUCAGUUCACGAACUGCAUGUUUGGCGACUGAACCAAGAGAAGACAUUGGCCUCUGUUCACGUCUCGAUGUCAAAUAAGACGAUUUCGGACUUUGUGGAUAUAGCGAAGACUAUGAGCGACUGCUUUCAUAGCUAUGGGAUCCAUUCCGCUACCGUGCAACCGGAAUUAGGGCGGGCAACUUCCACUGCAGUGGCCACGGGGGUUGAGCAUAGGGGCACUUGGGUGCAGUCCUGUCAAGUCAAGUGUGGCACUUCUUGCGAGGUCCUGACUUGUUGUGGGUAA